AUGUCUAUCCCAAACGAAGCUCUUCAAAAGCUCCUUCAAGAAAUCGAAUCCCGCGUGAUAACCUCGCAGCAACAGAUUGGGAUCACGAAGGCACAAAUGACAAGCAAAAACCGUGAUAUCCGAAUGCUAGAGCUCACAUCAAAGGAGCUAAGCUCUUUGCCCGCCGAUACUAAUGUUUAUGAGGGCGUCGGAAAGAUGUUCGUUGCGGUCCCUAGAGCCACAGUGGACAAGCGGAUAUCGACAGAGACCGGAGAGUUGAAGGGGGAGAUAGAGAAUCUGGAGAAGAGGAUGAAUUAUUUGGAGAUGACGUUUAAGAACAGUCGGGAGAAUCUGGAGGCUAUUUUGAAGUCUGGACGGGCGUGA